UAGUCCUGCAAAUGGAGAUGGGAAGCUAACACUCAAUCUGACUCUGUCAGUCAGGGGAGAGAUAUGCAGUUUGUAUGGGUGUGCUGUCUGCUUUGAGCCUGCCUUCUGCUCCACAGACAGAAGCCCUCUGUUGCUCGUUUCACUCUCUGUCCGUCCUUCUUUCUCUCUUUUUCUCUCCCCCCUCUAACUCUUUCUCUCAGUUUCUAGCCUUCCCAUCUGUAUGUGAUUUAGGCACUGGCUCGGGGGAGACACAAGUCAGCUAGGAGAGAGGAAUCAGGGCAGGGAGGGAGAGAAAGGGAGGAAGUCCACACAAGUUUGUUUUACAGGACUCAGUCUGCUCUUACUGCCUGGACUCGGCGCAUUGCCGCAUCUGGAGGUCGGCGCAGUGGAAAAGUUAAGCCAGCGGGUGCAGCAGAGCAAGAGGAGCUGCCCAGAGAUUUUCCUGCAGCCAGGAGACACUGACAGAGAUACAGACAGAGAGUGCUCCACUGGGCAAACACACAAAUAUGGCUGCUAAAUCUCUGUCCUGCCUCAACCUUGUCUGCAUCCUCUCAGGGAUUGUCUAUCCAGUUUCUGCUGCCAGGCUUGAGGACCAGCAACAGUCGGUACUGAAAGUAUGUGCAAAGGGAUUUUUCCUGAGUGCACAAAACUUAUGCUUACCGUGUAACUGCAAAGGCCACGCAGAAUACUGCGAUGACAUCACUGGUGUUUGUAGAAACUGUAAGGACCACAGCACAGGUGAUUUCUGUGAAAUGUGUGAAGAUGGCUAUAUGCUGGCCCGCAGCCCAGACGGACACCACACCUGCCAACCUUGUGCAUGUCCGCUCUCGGUUGUCUCCAAUAAUUUUGCAGUUUAUUGUGACAAAGGAGGUGCCACUCUGCGGUGCAAGUGUCAAGAGGGCUAUGCUGGACAUUUCUGUGAGAGGUGUGCUCCAGGUUACUAUGGCAACCCGAUGGCGAUCGGUAGUUCCUGUAAGAGAUGUGACUGCAACGGCAACUCUGAUCCUAACCUGAUCUUCAGCGAGUGCCACAACAUGACGGGCCACUGUCAGCACUGCUGGGGAAACACCGCCGGUGCCAACUGUGAGAGGUGUGCCCCAGGUUUCCACGGCGACGCCAUCACCGCCAAGAACUGCAGAGAGUGUGAGUGCAACAAAUGUGGCACCUCUUCAUGCGACGACAGAACAGGAGUGUGUCACUGCAAGCCGGGAGUCACCGGACGACUCUGUGACCAGUGUGAGGAGGGUUACUCAGGUUUCUCCAGCUGUCAGGGCUGUCGGAGGUGUGAGUGCGGGCCAGCUUCCAUUCGCUCCACCUGCCAUCCUCUCACCCACAGCUGUCCGUGCCGCCCGGGCGCCGGAGGUCGUUACUGCGAGCGAUGCCUCCCCGGCUACUGGGACUACAGCCCCUCCGGCUGCCAGAAGUGUGACUGUGAGAGCGGCCACUGUGAUAUGCACACAGGAGAGUGCCUGACAGAGGCUGCAGCAGUCAACCUGUGCAACAUCAGUUGUGAUGAGUGCAUUUGGCACCUGAUUGGAGACCUGAGGCUGGCGAAUAAGACACUGGACCAGCUGAAAGUCGGAGUGUUGAACAUCUCCACCGGUGCUGCUGCCAACGACAGGCUCAAAUACUACAACUACACUGCUCAUCGACUGCAGACUCAGUUUCAAGGCUGGAGGAAUAAGUCCUCUGUGAUGAAGGACCAGACUGGGGAGCUGGAAGUGGCCACAGAGGCUGUAGUGCUGGACAUCAAACAGCUGGGAGAAUCGGAGAAUGUGGUGAAGUCUCUUGGGAAUAAUUUGGAUAAUGAAACGUUGGAGACCCUCACUCUCGCUGAGCAGCUCAGUACAAACCUCUCUGAGCUCAAUGUACGCAUUGAAGAGAUGAUCCAUGACUGGGAACUGUACAGUGUUCAUCAGGAUGUGGAUCCAGAGGUGGUCAAACGUAACACUGAGGUGGCCCAGGGAAUGGUGACCUGGAUGAGGAAACUGGAUCUGUCCCCACGGGAGCCCAUCGCCACUGAUGAGUCAACUGAAACCCAUGACUUGCUGAGGCGCAUCCGUCAGUUGGAGAAGAAGUUAAUGAUCACAGACGGUCGGCUCCCACCUGUCAGGGAGAUCCUGUCCCGCUUCUCCACCAAGCUGUCUGAUGCUCAAGGCUUCCUCCAGAAAGCAUCCGCCACCGUCCAGGAGACGAACGACAAGAACAGAGCCAGCAUCCUCAAAUUCCAGAGGAAUGAGGCAAAGCAGCAGAAUCUGGAGGAGGAACACACUGCUGUCAACGAAACAAUGGACAUAGCCAGAGGUUUCAUCACUGAAACACAGAUGACUGUGGCUGACAUGGAAGCUAUAGUGCAGAAUGUGACCGAAUACCAUGCAGCAAUCGAUGGCGCCACCCAAAAACUGACGGAGAAGACUGAGCGUCUCUCGCUGGCUGACAGAGACCUUGUGCAGAGGGCAGUCGAGCACGCAGAAGAGCUGGAGAAACAAGCCAAUGAAUUGGAAGAGGAUCUGAGAGAGAGUGAUGCCAAUGGCUUUGUGCAGAAAGCCAUAAGUGCUGCCAAUGUUUACAACAACAUUGUGAAAUACAUCGACGAUGCCAAUAUCACCUCGCUCACCACCUUCAACUUAUCUCAAAGAGCUGAAGAUGCCAUUACUGGGAUCAAUGUUCAGCUUGGCCACUUGGUAACAAAGAGCAACAAUGUUUUCAAGGAGUCCAUUUCACUACAUACAGAGCAAAUUGAGGUAGAAGCUGAAGUAGCUGACAAGAUGAAGUACAUUGAGGAGACCAAAGAGACCAUGGAUAAAAACACCCAGAAACUUGCAGAAAUAGUGGAGGGUAUCAGUGGAAUUCAUACAGACAGAACACCACAGCGACUGGAGUCUACCCUGAGGGUGGCUGAAGAGACUCUCAACCGUUCAACAGAGGUUCUUCAAACCAUCACCCCUGUCACCAGCAAGGUGGCAGAGUGGGCCAACAACAUGAAAAAAAACGAAUACUCUACAGCUGCUUAUGAACAGGCCGUCCUGUCUGCUGGAGAAACAGUGGAAAACCUCAAUGUGCUUGUUCCUGAGCUGCUGGACAAGCUGAAGGUUGUCGAGGAGAAGAAGCCUGUCAAUAAUGUGACCACCAACAUCAUGAGGAUCAGAGAGCUCAUAGCCCAGGCCAGGAGUGUGGCCAAGAAAGUCCAAGUGUCCAUGAAGUUCAACGGUCAGUCCUCAGUGGAAGUUCAUCCUCACAGUGACCUGGAAGAUCUGAAGACAGUGACGUCCAUCAGCUUGUUCAUGAGAGUGGACCCUGACAAGGAUCCCAUAGAAGACCGUUUCAUCCUAUACAUGGGAGACCGAAAUGGUAGGAAAGACUACAUGGGCCUGGCCAUCAAGAAUGACAACCUGGUGUACGUGUACAACCUCGGGGGUGAAGAUGUUGAGAUCCCACUGGGUUCAAAGCCUGUCAGUCAAUGGCCAGCAGUAUUCAACUACAUCAAAGUAGAGAGGCUGGGCAGACAUGGAAAAGUCUUCCUGACCAUCCCCAGUCAGAGUUCCACAGAUGAGCAGAAGUUCAUCCAAAAAGGCGAAGCUCCAGGCACAGACUCACUGUUUGACCUUGACCCUAAGGAUAUGGUAUUCUUUGUUGGUGGUGUCCCACCAGGUGUCAAGCUUCCACCUCCUCUGAGUCUUGCUCCUUUUGUGGGCUGCAUCGAACUGAGUUCACUGAACAACGACAUCAUCAGCCUAUACAAUUUCAGAGAGACUCACAAAAUGAAUGUAACUACAUCAACACCAUGCCCCAGGUACAAGUUGGCAUUUUCCCAGAGUCGUAUUGCUAGCUACCUGUUUGAUGGAACGGGCUACGCACUCAUCAAUGAUAUUGAGAGGAGGGGCAAAUUCGGUGUUGUCACAAGGUUCGACAUUGCAGUGCGAACUGUCGCAAAUGAUGGUGUCCUCUUCCUCAUGGUCAAUGGGGAUAAAUAUUUCCUUUUAGAGUUAAAGAAUGGUUUCCUGCGCCUAAUGUACGACUUUGGCUUCAGCAGUGGACCACAACUUUUGGAGAACAACUUACCAAAGCUUCAAAUAAAUGACGCACGAUACCAUGAGGUGUCAGUAAUUUACCAUCAGUCAAAGAAGGUCAUCCUCCUGGUGGACAAGAGCCAUGUUAAAUCUAUGGAAAAUCCAAAAACCACUCUGCCUUUCUCGGAUAUUUACAUAGGUGGUGCUCCCUCGAGCAUCCUCAAAUCCAGGCCUGAGCUGUCUGCUGCUGUAGGCCUGAAGGGCUGUGUGAAAGGUUUCCAGUUCCAGAAAAAAGACUUCAACCUGCUGGAGGAGCCUGGUACCAUUGGCAUCAGCAGUGGCUGCCCUGAGGAGUCCUUUAUGUCCCGUAAAGCCUAUUUCACUGGAGAGGGCUACCUGGGAUCCACAGGGAAGAUUUCACCCUUCGACAACUUUGAGGGAGGACUUAACUUUAGAUCACUGCAGCCCAACGGACUUCUAUUUUUCCACAGCGAGGGGUCUGAUGAGUUCAGUAUCUCCCUGGAGAACGGAGCAGUGGUGUUGAACUGCAGAGGCACUCGAGUUAAAUCACACAAAAAGCAAUACAACGACGGAAGGACACACUUCUUAGUGGCCUCAGUGAACAGUCAGAAAUAUUCACUCUUGGUGGACGACAAAGACAAGCAGGACAAGAAACGUCCGUCAUCAGCCGCAAAAUCCCCAUCAGGGUCUACUGUGAAGACCUUCUACUAUGGAGGGUCUCCAAGCAGCAGCUUAAAGAACUUCACAGGCUGCAUCAGCUAUGCCUACAUCAACAGACAGGACCGGGACAUUGAGUCUGAGGACUUCCAGCGAUACACAGAGAAAGUUCAAACUUCCCUGCAGGACUGUCCAGUCCAGCGCCCCCCUGCUGCUCUACUGUCAAGGCACUCCUCUAGAGCCAAACAGAACCAGUCUCAGAAGGUUAGCAGGGAGAAGUCUGGCCUCCACCAUGGGCUGAUGGAAAUGAACAGUGAUGACCAGGAGCCAUCAGAGGUGCACACUGAACCCUGCUACCUCUCCUCAAGUCCCACAGCAACUCGCCAAGCCUUCCACUACGGUGGCAUCGCCAAUAGCAGGCACCACUACUCAGACCUCCCAGACUCCUUUUCUGAGAGGUCCCACUUCUCCUUGUCCCUAAAGACCCACUCACCCUUUGGCCUCAUCUUUUAUGUAUCUGAUGUCCAAGAGGACAACUUCAUGGCUCUCUUCCUGGCUCAUGGGAAGCUAGUGUACACAUUCAACGUCGCAGAUCAAAGAGUCAAAAUCAAGAGCGAAGAUAAAUACAAUGACGGUGCAUGGCACAAUGUUAUUUUUAUCCGUGAUGGGAGUAUGGGGCGGUUAAUAAUUGAUGGCCUCACAGUGCUGCAAGACAGAGUUCAAGGAAGCAGUGUCUCCUGGCAUGUCAGCAGUCCCAUCUAUAUUGGAGGAGUCCCUCCAGGGAGAGCCCAAAAGAAUGUUCAGAGAAGCUCUGCAUACAGCUUUACCGGCUGUUUGAAGAACCUCCAACUUGAUGGGCAGCUGAUGUCCUCCACUGCAGAGACUUUUGGGGUGACUCCAUGCUUUGAGGGACUCUCUGAGGCAGGAACUUACUUCUCAGAAGACGGAGGAUAUGUCGUGCUAGAUGAAACAUUUGACCUCGGGCUAAGGUUUGAGCUGGUGGUGGAGGUUCGCCCCCGUGUGGCAUCUGGUGUGCUACUGCAUGUGCGCACAGCAGAGGGCUAUUUCACCAUGUACAUUCAUCAAGGAGACGUGGUGGUUCUUGUGAACGAUGGGUCUCAUGAGUUCUUCACAAAGGUAUCACCAAGACAGGGUGUGUGUGCUGGCAGCUGGCACAGAAUCACCGUAAUCCGGGAUGCCAACGUGGUCCAGCUGGAUGUGGACUCUGAGGUCAACCAUGUGGUGGGGCCUCUGAACCCCAGCUCCACGGAUACCAGGAAGCCAGUGUUCAUUGGUGGAGCUCCAGAUCUGUUCCUUCCAGACAGCAUUGCCACCAGGAAGGCCUAUGUGGGCUGUAUGAGAAACCUGACCAUCAAUAACAGCCAAGUGAGCUUCAGCAAAGCUGUACUGGUCAGUGGAGCAGUCAGCGUUGGAACUUGUCCAGCGGCAUAACACUUGUGGCCACCCAGUCACUGUCCCCAGUACAGCACUGACCAAACACAUUAAAAACUCUUUCUGUAAAGCAUAACCAUUAAGAGAAGUGGUGUCACUGUUCUUUUCACUCUAUGUCAGAUGUUUGUCCUUGUUUCUGUUUCUUUAAGGUAAUUUGUUAUUUGUUAUUGUUUUACACGAAAAUGUCUCAUCCUGAGAAUAAUGACCAAAUUCUUUAAAUUUGAAGAAAAUAAUACUAAUAAUGAUAAAAUAACCAGAAAAUAAACCCACUACUUAGAAAAAUGCAAACAGAUUUCAGGAUUAGAACCAUUUUGAUCCUGAUGGUUUGUCCAACAUUUAGACUUCAGUUAUCUCUCUGAAGUUGAAGGUCUUUACUUCAAUUCUUUAUAAUCUCAGUGGCCAUUUUUUUUCUACAAGCUCAUGUUCACAGCUUUCCUUUUUGUACUGUUUUAUUUCUCAUGAAUAAAGAUAUUUUACAUCCA